GUUCUCCAGUCCUCCGUGCCAACCGUGCCAAACCCGUGUGCCGCUGUAUCCUUGCGCCUGAGUUUAAGGGGCCAAGCCAGCCGUGCUGUUCGCUAUGGCCGAGGGGAGAGAGCCGCGCCUCUGUCUGAGACUGCUGUGUUUCCACGCUGUGAGGGAGCACUUCUGCGCGCUGGGCGCACACGCUGCCGCUGUUCUCCCGUGCAACCUGUUAGAGGAGCUGCAGUUUCACCUUACUGUGUGUCAACUGGACAGUCUACAGCCAGCGCUCAACCGCAGAGGGGUGUCUACACUGAGCGGCUGGAAGGAGAUCCUGAGGAACAUGCGUGGACCAUUUUGUGUGCUGGAUGUCAGCAGUGAAGGAGAGGCUAAGCACCUGGUGAUGAAAGGCCUGUUUUCCUCUGUCCUGUACGACUUUAAGAGCGACUUCAUCAGCAAAAACCUAUCCAAUCUGAACACCUCCUGGUUUCUGGGUGCUGCGGCCCGGUGCCUACGACACUUUGUCUUACUAAACCUGGUGGAGCCACUGAGGAGGCUGAUCGGGGAGCAGAGGACAGUGUUGGACCUGCUGGAGAGGAGCAUCACCAGUGUGGGAGUGUCACAUAGCCUGGACCCAGCCAAAGCGGAGAACCAGCUGGCUCUGCUGGUGCUCCACAGGCUGUUGGACCAUGGCCAGUGCAGGAGAGUGGUGCUCCAGGCUCGCUGCCCCCUCACACUCGCAUGGAUACUGCACGGACGCAGCUCCCAGGUUCAGCACAUGCCUGAGGGGAAGACCCAAGUAUCUGCCCUGUGCUCGGGACCAUGGAGUUGCAGCAACAAAGACCACGGCCCUGCCCGCAAACGACCCAAACUGGACCACAGGGAGGAGGAGAGGGGAGGGGUACUGGAGCGCAAGGAGGACCAGGGGGGAGGACUGAACUGUGGGGAGGACCAGAGAGCAGGUCUGGACCGCAGGGAGGGGGGAGGGCAACUGUGUCACAAGAAACACCAACUGACUCAUAGAAAGGGUUGGGAAGUGAGUGAGGGUGUGAGCGCCAGAGCGGGUGAGGAUGGGGGUGAGAGUAUUAGUGAUAGACUGGGUGACUGUGUGGGUGGGUGUGUGGGUGACAGAGACAGUGGGGCUGGGGGUGGCAAAGAGAGUUGGAGAGAGGGUGUUGGUGAUAAACUGGGUGGCAGCGUGUCACCUGAGGCAUGUCCACAUGGUCACAUUGAGAGCCUAGAAUUGAGGCAGUGCCAGGUGGACUGUCUGGGAGUAUUGCUCCGUGCGCUGCCCUUCUGGAGCUGCCUGAAGUCCCUCACUUUGCACAGCUAUGCCUCGUUCACAAAGUCUUCUGUUGUGGAGCUGAGCCGUGCCUUACAGGAGCAGAGCAAGGCCACAGAGGGAGGUGUGACCCAGCUCAGUAUCAGCACUCUCCCUUGCACGUCUUUGCUGGAGCGGCUGCUGGAGGCCUGCCCCCAGUUGCUAUCUUUUUCUGCGGAGGUCCACAGCAUUGCGGGGCCCUCUAGAGUCUGGAGUCUGCCCUUGUCACCGAACCACCGCCAGUUCUCCCUGCAGAAGCUGAGUGUGAACCUAAACCAGCAGCCCUCAGCCUGGCUGCUGCUGCCCUCUCUGCUCCAGCGCUGUCCCCGGCUUUGCUCGCUGCACCUGUGUGGACUCAGGCUGCAGACUGGAGCCUCCUAUGGCCAGCUCCUAACCACUCUGGCAGAGUGCUGUAGGUGCCUGCGUAGCCUGUCCCUGGAGGAUGUGAACCUGUCCGACUGUUUAGAGCAUGUCCUUCUGCUACUCAGAUGCUGUCAACUCCACGAGCUGUGCCUGAAGGACUGUCGGCUGUUGGAGAAAUGGAAUGACAAAGAGGACAGUUUACAGCAGCUGACCUCUACUUUGGCUGCCCACAAGACUCUGCAGUCUCUGAGCCUGGCACACAACCGUAUCGCCAGGCAUGUCCCAGUGCUGGCGCAGCUCUUCUCUGCCCCUGACAGUGCUCUGCAAAGACUGGACUUAAGUUCUAACUUCAUCCAGCCAGAGGAGCUGUUGGAGUUCUCUAAGCGGCUCAGGGCUCUCAGGCCGGGGCGCAGAAUCACCUUGGACCUCCGGAGGAACCCAGGGGACCGGGACCCUCACACAUGGAGCGUAGCUGUCAGCAGUCUUGCUCUCUGCUGCCAUCUGCUGCUGGAGGGCUGGAAGUCCACAGACAGCAUGGUGGACCACAUCAGUAACAUGUGACCUCCAGCUCUGUGCAGACCCUGGUACAGGACAUCAAUAUUCAUUGAAUCAAAUUCAGACUGGAAUUAUGUCAUUGUAUACAGGAAACAAGA